UUUGAAUCAAGAUAUGGCAGCUGUGAAAGAAAACAUCAAUACCCCUGAUAACCUAUGUGGAAAUGGCAAACAAGAUCGGAUCAAACAAAGAAGAGCUUCUUGUCCUCGACCAGAGAAAGGGACUAAAUUCCAACUUACUGUCCUUCAGGUGUCAACAUCUGGAGACAACAUGGUGGAGUGUCAGUUGGAGACACACAACAACAAGAUGGUCACCUUCAAGUUUGAUGCUGAUGGUGAUGCACCAGAAGAUAUUGCAGAUUAUAUGGUUGAAGAUAACUUUGUGCUGGACAGUGAGAAAGAAAAAUUUGUAGAAGAAUUGAGGGCUAUUAUAGGUCAGGCCCAGGAGAUCCUUCAUGCCCACUCUGCUACAGAUAGGGUCAUCGGAACUGACUCUAUAACUGUGGAAUCCAACAGUAGCCAAACAGGAUCAUCUGAACAAGUACAGAUAAAUUCUGCAUCUACUCAGACCAGCAAUGAAUCUGCUCCUCAGUCAUCUCCGGUUGGUCGGUGGAGAUUCUGUAUCAAUCAAACAAUAAGAAACCGUGAGGCUCAAUCUCCUCCUUCUCUUCAGCAGUCCAUGUCUACAGUUCCUGGGUUACCUCUACUUUCUGGUCCAAGAACCACAAGUAAUAAGGAAGUAUCACAGGAUACACUGCUCACUCUAGAAAAUAAUCCAAGCCAGAAUGUACUUUUUGCCUCCAAAUCAGAACUCAAGGAUGUAGUUGAUGGUAAGAUUUCCGAAUAUGCCAGUGUAGACACGAAGCAGCCAGCUGUAUUUUAUCAAAUGGAAGAUGACAGGCAGAUAAUGGCAUCAGUUGCUAGUAGUUCAAGUCAUACUGCUGCUUCAGUUCGUGCAGUUCCAGUUGAAUGUGAGGGACUCACCAACCAAGCAGGCAUACUUCUACCUGUACAUCCAUGUCACCAAGCUGCCAGUCAGGCUGAUGUACUUACGAUCCCUCCUGGCGAGUCAACUCAGAUUGCUGGUAACUCUCUUACAACUCUGGCAUUUAUGUCUGAUCAAAAGCCUCAAUCCUUAGCAAUGCAACAGCCAACUAUGGAUGCAGAGUUGAUUUCCCAAGAAGGAGAAACCACAAUGAACACUGAAGCAAGUUCUCCUAAGAUGGUCAUUCCCACUCAGACCCCUGGCCUUGAACUGACUACCCUUCUACCCACCACUGUCUUGGAAUCAGAUGGGGAAAGACCUCCAAAAAUGGAGUUUGCAGACAACCGAAUUAAAACUCUGGAUGAAAAAUUAAGAAACUUGCUCUAUCAGGAGCAUAGCAUAUCUAGCAUCUAUCCUGAGAGUCAGAAGGAUACCCAAAGCAUAGACUCUCCAUUUUCUUCCUCUGCUGAAGAUACGCUCUCAUGUCCAGUGCCAGAAGUCAUAGGCAUCAGUCACAGUGGAAUUCAAGAUAGUCCUGCACAGUCCCCUAAUUUUCAGCAGACAGGCUCUAAGAUCCUGUCCAAUGUGGCUGCGAGUCAGCCUGCUAACAUAUCAGUGUUCAAAAGGGACCUGAAUGUGAUAACUUCUAUACCCAGCGAAAUAUGUUUACAUGAGAUGUCUCCAGAUGCUUCACUUCCAUGGGAUCCAGAGGCCUACCCUGCUGCUGUGUCAAGCGGUGGAGCCAUUCAUCUGCAGACAGGAGGUGGAUAUUUUGGCCUAAGCUUUACUUGUCCUAGUCUCAAAAAUCCUAUUAGCAAGAAAUCCUGGACUCGCAAAUUAAAAAGCUGGGCAUACAGGCUACGGCAGUCAACCAGCUUUUUCAAGAGAUCAAAAGUCCGUCAAGUGGAAACAGAAGAUAUGAGAUCAGCAAUUGCUCCUGAUCCCAUUCCUCUGACAGGAGAGUCCACAGCUGAUACUAGGGCUUUGAGUAGAUGCAAAGUGAUGAGUGGAUCAUUUCAGCGGGGUCGGUUCCAGGUGAUUACAGUUCCUCAGCAGCGGGCAGUGAAAGUCACAUCUUUUGGAAUAGAACACAUACCAGCAUUCAAUAAAAUGACAACCCAUUCUAGUGAAGAGGUUCUAGCCUUUACCGAAAUAGCAAAGUCUCAGUUAGAGGAAAUGGAACCUGCCAUGCGCAAUCCACAAACUUCACUUUCUUCUCAGAAGUUACAAGGUCAUCAUGAAACCUUUAAAGAAGAUAAAAGAAUUGCCAAACAAGGUGACAACUUCUCAUCUUUCAACAUAGCUUGUGAGACUGAUGUAUCUUCGAUGACCCCAGAAAAGGAACUGGAUGAAAACUCAGCCAUGGGAAGUAGUAUGCAUUCUGGACCUGAACUGUUGCUUAAAGAGAUAUUUACUGCUGGGAAACAGCCUAGCUCUGAUAGUGAAUUUUCAGCCACUCUUGCUGACAGAGGAAAGUCAGUGGCAAAGACUGGUUCAAUGAGUGAUCAAUGCUUACCAUUCCGUGAACAAAAAGCCUGUGCUCAAACACAGAGCUCACUCUUCUAUUCACCAUCUUCUCCAAUGAGCAGUGAUGAUGACUCAGAAAUAGAGGAUGAGGAUUUGAAGGUGGAGCUUCAAAGACUGCGAGAAAAACAUAUUCAGGAGGUGGUAAAUCUUCAAACCCAGCAGAAUAAGGAGCUGCAGGAGCUCUAUGAACGCCUUCGGGCAAUUAAAGAUAGCAAAAUCCAAUCAUCAGAGGUUCCUCUGCCACCUUCAUCACCACGUAGACCAAGAUCUUUCAAAAGCAAACUUCGCAGCCGCCCCCAGUCCUUGACACAUAUGGACAGUGUCGCAGUUGCUACAGAUCCGCUAUGCAUGGAGAGUAAUGUAGCAUCAUGCCAGCAAUCUCCAGCUAGUAAAAAAGGGAUGUUCACAGAUGAUUUACAUAAGCUGGUGGAUGACUGGACAAAGGAAACCGUCGGAAAUUCUCUUAUUAAGCCAAGUUUAAACCAACUCAAACAGAGUCAACACAAACUAGAGACAGAAAACUGGAACAAAGUAUGUGAAAAUACUCCAUCUACUAUGGGCUACACAUCAACAUGGAUUUCUUCUCUGUCCCAAAUCCGUGGAGCUGUCCCAACCUCCUUGCCACAAGGACUCUCACUCCCUUCAUUUCCUGGGCCAUUAUCAUCAUAUGGAAUGCCCCAUGUUUGUCAGUAUAAUGCUGUGGGGGGGCCAGGGUACCCAGUACAGUGGGUAGGAAUUUCAGGAACACCACAACAGUCUGUAGUAAUUCCGACUCAAUCUGGGGGACCAUUCCAGCCGGGAAUGAAUUUGCAGGCAUUUCCAGCUUCAUCAGUGCAGAAUCCAUCUGCCAUCCCUCCUGGUCCCAAAUGAAUCAGAGUAGAUGAUGAAGAAAAGGGAGAUUUUUUUCAGAAUUAUUUUCAGGACACGUAAGAUACUAAAUGUUCUUCUUGGGUUCUGCCAUAUUUUCCCUCGUUUGAGUUUACUUUCCACUGUAUUUUUUUGUUUGUUUGUUUCAUUGUGGUAUUUUAUA